AUGACGCCGCAGAAGCCACGGACGCCAGGUCGACCGCGGAGCCCUGUCCGGAGACAGCCUCUGAGCCCGCGGCCGACAGCACCGCAGAAGCCGACACCAGGGCGACCGCGGAGUCCGGAUCGGCGACAGCCUCUGCGCCCGCUGCCAACGACGCCGCAGCAACCGAGGACGCCGGCGCGACCACCGAGUCCACGCGGAGAACCGCAGGCGACACCAGCGCAGCCGUCGAGCCUGCCCGACGAGUCAGCAAGCCUGACUAGCCCGUCGCACCGCACGUCGAGCACUAAUACCAGCCCUCGACGUUCGCCGAGCCCGUCAAAGCGCUCGAGAACACCGGAGCGCUUCCGGGACCUCCGGGCUAAGCGUGCGCGGAAGUCGCAGCUGCCCAAGAUCCGGGCCAUCACGUCGGUGCAGCGCAACCCGGUUAUUCAGGCUCGGUUGAGAGAGCUCUUCGGCGGCGAGGACGAGGAGAACUCCCCCACGGAGGAAUAG